AACUGUCAUUUCCAUAACCUAUAACCUAUGUUUUGGAUAAAUGACAAACAAACUGUUAAAAAGUUUAAUUGUAAUCAUCUUUUAAAAUUGUAGUGUGUGUAUGCUAAAACUAUAAAAUGGCCAAGCAUCAUCCAGAUUUAAUUUUCUGUCGAAAACAGCCAGGAGUAGCCAUCGGAAGACUUUGUGAAAAAGACGAUGGUAAAUGUGUUAUAUGUGAUUCCUAUGUUAGACCCUGCACCCUAGUAAGAAUUUGUGAUGAAUGCAACUAUGGUUCAUAUCAAGGACGAUGCGUAAUCUGUGGAGGACCAGGAGUGUCUGAUGCCUAUUAUUGCAGAGAAUGCACAAUGCAGGAAAAGGAUCGAGAUGGUUGCCCCAAAAUCGUCAACUUAGGUAGUUCAAAGACUGAUCUGUUCUACGAGAGGAAGAAGUAUGGUUUUAAGAAGCGUUAAAUAUGUUUUAAUUGAUAUACUUAAAUAAUUAAUGAUUAAAUAGCUGUACAUAAUUAGGGGUGUCACUGAUUAAUACAUUUAUUAUCUCAAAA